GUCAUUAUCUCCAGCUGCCAGACACCAUGGACAGCUCCAUGUGAGCACACAUAAGGAUUCUGCUCCUGAAACUUGGUGUUCGAGGUCCUCUGGGAGUGUCGGAGCGCCUUGGGAAGAACGCAAUUAAAUCCCACCAGCUACACAACAGCUCUCUGAAUCCCCAUUCCGCCUGGAGGAGAGUUUCCUGGCAGAUCUGCAACAAUGGAUUUCAACUUAUCCUUUUUGGAUGGCAUGGUUGGGGUGGGUGAUAUGAUUCUGCUGGACACACUGUCAGAGGAUUCCCUGCUCCAGAACCUGAAGGAAAGAUUCAAAAAUGAUGAAAUCUAUACAUACAUUGGCAAUGUGGUUAUAUCAGUAAACCCCUACAAGCAACUUACCAUCUACACCCCUGAGAAGAUAGCGGAGUACAGGAACAGCAUUAUGUACCAGCUGAAGCCACAUAUCUAUGCAUUGGCUGAUGAGGCAUACACGUGUCUGCGUGAACGUGACAGGGAUCAGUGUAUCCUAAUCACAGGGGAGAGCGGUGCUGGAAAAACUGAGGCCAGUAAGCUGGUGAUGUCCUAUGUGGCAGCUGUGUGCGGAAAAGGAGAGGAAGUAAAUCAAGUGAAAGAGCAACUCUUGCAAUCAAAUCCUGUUCUGGAAGCCUUCGGAAAUGCAAAGACCAUUCGAAAUGAUAACUCUUCCAGAUUUGGAAAAUACAUGGACAUUGAAUUUGACUUUAAAGGAGAUCCAGUUGGAGGUGUUAUCAGUAACUAUUUGCUGGAGAAAUCUCGGGUGGUGAAGCAUGUUAAAGGAGAAAGAAACUUUCAUAUAUUUUACCAGCUGCUUUCAGGAGGAGGCAAUGAACUUCUAGGAAAACUUAAAUUGGUUCCAGACUGUAGCAAAUAUGUUUACCUGAAUAAGGACCCCGACAGUUUCGCUGGGAUGAACGAUACUGAAAAUUUUAGAGUUGUUAAGGAUGCCAUGAAAAUUAUUGGAUUCGAAGAUACUGAGGUUACUUCAAUCCUGGAAGUUGCUGCGGUUGUUCUAAAGUUGGGGAACAUUGAGAUAAAAGGACAAUUUCAGGCUAACGGAAUGGCCUCAUGCUAUAUCACUAACUCUCAGUAUGUUAAAGAGAUUGGCUCGCUGAUCGGCCUUGAUGGUCAAACACUAGAAAAUGCUUUCAGUGUCCGAACUGUGGAAGCCAGACAAGAAAAAGUGGUGACUACACUGACCGCAAACCAGGCUGUUUAUGCCCGGGAUGCUUUAGCAAAGAACAUGUAUGACCGACUGUUUAGCUGGCUUGUACAGCGGAUCAAUGAAAGCAUAAAGGUAUCUGAAUUCCAGGGGAAGAAAGUAAUGGGUGUGCUGGACAUUUAUGGCUUUGAAAUAUUAGAAGGUAACAGCUUUGAACAAUUCAUUAUUAAUUAUUGUAAUGAGAAGCUUCAGCAAAUCUUUAUUCAAAUGACAUUAAAAGAAGAACAAGAAGAGUACAAGAGAGAGGGGAUUGAAUGGAGACACAUUACCUUUUUUGACAAUGAAAUCAUCUGUAAUCUCAUAGAAGAUAAUACCAAUGGCGUUUUAGCAGUGCUGGAUGAAGAAUGCCUGCGCCCAGGGAAUGUCACUGAUGCCACCUUUCUAACCAAGCUAGGACUCAAAUUCAAAAACCAUCUGCACUUCAAAAGCAAAGCCACCCAAAAUGAAAAACGUAUUACUGAUAACACAUUGGCUGACAAUGCUUUCCGCAUUGAACAUUAUGCUGGACAGGUUACUUACAUCACUGAAGGUUUUCUGGACAAAAACAACGAUCUUCUCUUCCGAGACCUCUCCCAAGCCAUGUGGAAGGCCAAACAUGAACUGCUGAAAUCUCUGUUCCCAGAAGGUGACCCAAAGAACUCCUCAUUGAAACGUCCGCCCACUGUUGGCUUCCAGUUUAAAGCCUCAGUGUCAACACUUAUGAAGAAUCUGUAUGCCAAGAACCCCAACUAUAUUCGAUGCCUGAAACCCAACGGCACAAAGAAAGCAUCCCUGUUUGAUGAGCAGCUUAUGAGGACACAGGUUCAGUACCUUGGUUUGCUGGAGAAUGUAAGAGUUCGUCGUGCUGGCUAUGCUUUCCGGCAGGUGUACAGUGCUUUCCUGGACAGAUACAAGCUGCUUAGUAGGGUGACAUGGCCCCGAUGGGAAGGGGAUGCAAGGGCGGGAGUUGAAGCUGUGUUAAAUGACCCAAAAGUCAGCAUAUCAAAAGAAGAGAUUGCGUAUGGUCGGACCAAAGUAUUCGUCAGGACUCCAAAAACACUUUUUGACUUGGAAGAGCUACGCAGGCAGAAGCUGAAUGAAUUGGCCACCCUAAUACAGAAAAUAUACCGUGGCUGGAAGCAACGAAAACGUUUUUUGCUCAUGCGCAAGAGCCAGAUCCUCAUUGCUGCAUUCUACCGAGGAAAUCACCAAAGGAAAAAGUAUCAAAAUAUGCGGUACUCUGCUUUACUUAUACAAGCCUACAUCCGAGGCUGGCUGGCCCGUGUUUUGCUGAGGCUCAUGAAACAUCAAAACCGUCAGGGAGAGGCAGCAACCGUUAUUUGUGCUUAUUGGAAGGGGUACCAGGUGAGGAAGGAAUACAGAAAACAAUUCCGUUCUUCUGCAGCAAAAACUUUGGCAGACUUUAUCUACAGGGGCAUUAUCCAAAAAUAUCUCAUAGGACUGAAGAACAACCUUCCACCUAUGUCACCAACAAACAAAACAUGGACACAGCCAAAAUAUAAAUUUCUCAUUCCUAUAAAUCAAGAACUAAUGAAGCUAUUCCAUCUAUGGAAGUGUAAGAAAUUUAGGCAAUCGUUAACCCCACAACGCAAAGCUGCCCUUGAAGUUAAAUUAAGUGCCAGUGAACUCUUUUGUGGUAAAAAGAAAUCUUACCCAGCAAGUGUUCCAAAACCAUUCCAGGGAGAUUACGUGGGUAUACAGAAUAAUCCCAAACUUCAGAAGCUGGUUACAACUGUUCCUGGUAAAAUAGAAGCAGCUGCCAAUGUCCAAAGGAUCAGUAAAACUGAUGGCAAGGGAACUCCCACAUUACUUAUUCUUACAAAAAGUCACUUAGCUCUUGCGGAUGCUAAAGGACAAGUGAAGUCAUUAGUGAAGUUGAAUGAGAUUGCCAAUGUUUCUGUUACCCGGUUCAGUGAUGGAAUCUUUUUUAUAAAGCUUGCUCAGACUGCCACGCCAGGUGGGAAGGGAGGAAGUGACAUCCUAUUAACCACAGAGCAUGUAAUAGAAAUCGUGUCUAGACUUCACCAAGCAGUACUGGAAAUGACACAAAAGAAGCUGAACGUGCAGAUUACUGAUCAGUUUUCUGUGACAUUCAAGAAGGACCCAGUAGCUGUUAAAUUUGUUGAAACCUCAGUGCAGAAUGGAAAAGGGCUGGUGUUCAAGAAGAAGGGAAGCCAAAUGGUUGAAGUGUAUGUGCAAUGAGAAUGUGUGCAGAAUUUUACUUGAGAAGGGUUUACCCCAAGGAAACAAUGGACUGAUAUCUAAAAGGUUUCUAUGGUUCUGAAAAGUCAUGGGUCAGAGAACUCUUGGAGAAAUGAACAAAGGACAAGUCUGAGAUGCAAACAAAUUUUCUGCUGUUCCAGUUCAGAAUUCAAUGAUUUGAAGGAUUGCUAAACCCAUCUGCAGAGAUCCCUCAUUUACAUCUAAUUUGUCUCUUGAAACAGAUGCAACAUGUACAUGGCUGUCUGGAUCAAAACUGGACUAAUAUAGUUAGGAUGGUCAAUUAAAAAACAGUAAAGAGAAAUUCUUCCAAGUGCCAACUUGCAUGUUUCAAGAGACAACACAGCUGUAAGGAAGAAUGUUUUUUGUCUGGGCUGAGAAACCCUUUCAAAAUACAUUUUCCUACUGCACACUAAUAUUUUUGAACUUUGGAUAAUUUUAAGGAAAUAGAUCUUCGAACUGCUGUUAAAAAAAAAACAGAGCAAAGGUUUUUAUUUAACCAUGUUCUUGUCACACUCUGCCUUUGUCCUCCCCAAACAUAACUAUAUGGAUUCUAAUUUAAAAAAAAGUUUUCUUACCACCGUGACUCACUCAAUUGAGUAAUGGUACCCUUAAUAAUGAGAAGAACAGUGAGCUUUGAUUUGCUAGGUGUUAAUAUGUUUAUAAUUUUAAUUUCUUUCCAUCAUAAAAGUAAAAAAAUGUACAAAUGGCUCUCAUCUUGUAUUAUGUUUUGGUGGGCAAGGGCUAUUCCUAACUCUAAUCAAUAAAAAAUUUAAUGCACUAAAUAAUUAUGGCCUAACACAGUGAAUAUAUGAAGGUUUAUCAAUCUUUUUUUUUAUUUUAUAAAUCUUUUAUUAUAGGUUUGAACUUCACUGGACCAUACAUAGGUACAUUUAUAAGCAUAAAACACAUAAAGUGCUUCUGUGUAAAAACAUAUCACAUAUAGCAAUAUGGAUGUAUUACCCAUAAGCAGAAAUUCUGUGUCACUUAAAGUACAGAUCUGUCAAGUUCUUUUAUGACCCAUGAACAUUCUCCAUGAGAUUAAAGAAUGUGUUCUCAAUAAACACUGAAAGUGGUUCACCAGUGCA